AUGCCGACUGACAAGCAAGUGAAACAGAGCUUAUUCGAGGGUACUGGCAAAUUCGACGCAAUUAAUAUUGACGACGACGAUGAUUUUGAAGAGACUGAUCCCAUUCAACAGAAAAAGACAGGUGGUUCGGUGUAUUCAUCCUACUUUGCACCAACAUCCAAAGGUGACAAAACGAGUGCAAGGAAAGUCAACGAUCAGAGUGUAUCUGCAGAUGAGAAGAGGUUACUCGGUGUCGCGGAGUACGACUUUUCUAAGAUCCAUAGUCUCUUAAACCUGACCAGAUCCAGACCUACUCCUGCGGAUGCUGUGAAGGUUCCGAUUCCUACCAGCAGACACCCCGAAGACAUGGCAUCAUACAAGACUAACAACAAAAGCCCUUUUACUGCAACUAAGCGCCUUGUAGCCAGCCCGUACAAACCUCAAGACACUCUGAACAGGACCUCCGCAAGAAGUCAGUUCCAGCAAGAGAAGACCAAAGACAGAAGAGAGCCGGGAGCAACCCACUCAAAACAGCACGUCGCUGUCCCAAAUGACGUCCUCCCUCAUACACGUGUCGAGUCAGGCGAUGGACCUCCACCACGAAAGAAGCUGCGGAUUGACCAGCCUGCGCCUAACAAUUCCUAUAGCUCUCAAUUGAGGACACGAGCUGUCAACGAUGGAAAUCACCCUCUCAAGCGUUCUCUGGGCUCGAUGUAUGGAAUGGAAGCGAUAGAUCAAGAGAUGGAGCAUAGCACAACAAACGGGGUAAGAUCGACUGCACUUCGGAGUAUUAAGAACGACGCUGCUCCAAAGGCGAAAGCGCAGAGGCUUAUCUUGGACAACCUGAGCUCCGAUGGCGUGGCCGGCGAUGAUUUUGUGAGAAAUGCCAUACACCAGCGUCGGAAGCAAGAGCAAAAAUCUCCUGGGCAAGAUUCAGUACAGCCUCAGCACAACCCUACAAGAGCGGCUGAGAACACCCAUAAACUCAAUCACGACAUCGAAGCUCAAGACAAGCCAUCUACCCGACUGAAAGCCAGCCAUGUUACUCCUCGAGCAUCGAAGAUUGAGCAACGACUUAAAGGCGAAAGUCCCGACGCCCUACAAGAGGGUUUCCACUCACCAUCAAUCGAUAGAAAAUCGCGUCAUGUGUCGCUGAGUCCUACCGAGAAAGCGAGACCACUAGGACAACACUUCCAGCUUGAUACCUUCGUCUCGUGCAAGUUUUGCAAGGCGAAAAACUGCCAUCUCGAGAUACAAGAGCAGACCAAAUCAAUCGAUAUCAGUUACAAAGAUGAAGAGACGAUGAAGGACGGACUCUGGCCAGAUAUUCCUGUCAAAAAGAUAACUGACAUGAUCUGGCCUGACGAAGGAGAAUGCAGGGUCGUAAUGCUGAAAUUUUCAGCAUGUGACCUACUGCCAGGAACGACUUGGUAUCUCGAAUUUAACUCACUUAAGGAGAUGACUGCAUUUCAUUCACUUGUGCUCCGGAUUGAUCCUACUAUCAAGAUGAGCCAUAGAUCGAGUGCAAGACUGCAGGCAGCUCUGACUUCAGCAUACGUCACUACUUCACAGCCUGUGAAAAACCCACUGAACACGUCGACGGCUGAUACUGUCACAAGGUCAUUCUCUGACGGAAACUCUGAAGCUGUACGAAAGCGCCCAAGGCUUGUUGACCACCUUGACGCACCUCCGAGGAGAGCUUCAGAGCAUGUGAAAUCUGAAUCUCGCGAAAGGCUCCGAGCCUCCGCUAGUGUUUCUCGAUCACAGGAUGCAGAAUUUCGACAAAGCCGUAACACCUUGAGCAGUCGGCAAACUCGCUCAGGAGUGGUGAAAAGGCCGGAAAAGGAGCCGACUCCACCUAUACAGAUUGAUGCGGAUCCUCGCCGCAGAGAUCCUGCUUGGGUCAAGCCGCUCGUAUACCCAAAAACAGGGAAAAAGGAGACGGUGACCUGGGACGAUUUGGGCAGGUUAGAAGACGGCGAGUUUAUUAACGAUUCCUUGGUCGGGCUCUUUCUUCGGUACCUGCAAGUGAACGCGAAUCCCGAGCACCUCAAGAGGAUGCACUUUUUCAGUACUUUCUUUUUCGAAACUCUAGUAAAGAAGGGGAAGCGACAAGUCAAUUAUGAAGGUGUCAAGAAUUGGACGAAAAACGUCAAUAUCUUUAGCCGAGAUUUUAUUGUCGUUCCUGUUUGCGAGAACCUCCACUGGUAUGUUAUGAUACUUUGCAACCUCAAAGCACUGGUCGAUCUGGAGGACCAACCGCAAUCCGAGAAGGACGAGCCUGAGACGAACCCUGCGAUACACGAAGACAAGAAAGAGGUUGUGCCUACGAAGAAUAUUCUCGAAAGCGACGUGAUGACGAGAGACCAACUUGCCGACGAUAGAAGCGACUUUGAAUAUGAGGAAACAGACUCGAAGAAAAGGCGGGCAGGACGAAAACCGAGAGUUGUCGUGCAGAGGAAGUACGAUGUCAACGGACCGAUUAUCAUCACCUUGGAUUCUCUAGAUAUGAGCCGAAGUUUGACCGCAGGUCUGUUGAAGGACUAUCUGGUUGAGGAGGCAAAGACGAAACUUCACAAGGAUAUUGACAAAAGCAGCAUUAAAGGAAUGAGUGCCAAGGACAUACCUCAUCAGGGCAAUUGGUACGAUUGUGGCAUGUACUUGUGCAUGUACCUGGAACAAUUCAUGGCAAACCCGCACGACUUUGUGAAAUCUCUUCUGCGAAGGGAAAGCAUUAUCAAGUGGCCACAACGACUUCGCAGCGAUGCACUACGUGACAGGCUCUAUUACUUGAUGGACGAAUUGUACAAAUCGCAAGACGCAGCAGAACAAGCACACCUACCACUAGUCGGCAGAAUCCUAAUCAGAGACGAAGAUUUCGAGCUCCCUCGUGAGCGGAAGCGCCAAUCUAUGCUGGCAGGUCCGGAAGAACGCAGAAGGAUGAAAGAGAGCCUCGACUUUGUUGGUAACUUUUAUGAUGAGCGCGAUGCUCGAGGAGGCUCAACGGUUGAUAUUUCCCACGGGGUCGUUCGAGGCGCAGUCACGCCAGAGGACCUCGCCGCCGGGACAGAAAUCCUCUCGACAAGUCGUUAUUUCGAGCAGGCUCGGCAGCCUAUCAUUGUUGACGAUGACACUGACACAGGGAUUCAGAAAAGUGCUUAUGCAACACCACGUCAGUCUGUCCAGUUGCCUGUGCGGGACCUGCACAUAUGGCGAAAUGGUUACAGCCUGGGUGAUGAUGGUAAUCUGCGUGAUUUUGAUGCUUCUGCCGUUCAGAAGAUUAGAGAUUACCAAGCAGCGCCAUACCCUUUCAAGGAUGAUUCUGGUUGCGAGUAUUUGUGUAACCUCAUCCACCACGAGCAAGACUUCGUGAAGCCGGAAAACCGACACAGACGGCGCAACGUUCAAGUUGAACGAUCGCCCCCACACAAGACUUAUACGAAGACGAAAGAGACAUCCUCGCCGCAACGACCAAUGUCGGGUCUCUCGACAAACACCAGGCAUCCUGACGGCGACCCAGCUCAACUAGCUCGGCGGAUCAGGGAGCAGCGAAGUCCCAGUAUACACGACAAAGCUGCGAAUGGCACUAUGACAAGGCUUGCAGAGUCGGGUCCUGCAGAAGAGCCUCGAAAUUUGCGGGGCAUUUCUGUUUCCACCGAUUUCUUGACCGGGACGAACAGUUACGAUCAGCUUGGCGACGAUGAAGAUGUUACCAAUAAAGACAUGACGCAUCGUCAUACCACUCAUCAAGACGACGACGGAUCGUCCUUCGCGGGAUUUGACGAUGAAGCAGCGUCAAAUGGGCCACAUACUACCAGAGACGAGACGCAAUCGAGCAACCGGACCAUACCAGAGAGUGUUUACGAUGACAGGGGUCAUCGAGUUGGUAAUCAAACUCGUGAAGAGCCGGAUCUCAUGCUGCUUGACAAUGAUUGA